AUGGCCUUUGAGGAGUACCUCGAAGGGUCCCUUCAAAAGGAGCUGCCACAGGACGCUGAGAAAAGGACAAUGCACUUGGCCCCAGAGCAUCAGGGGAAACAGGAUCUGUCUGAUUGCUGUCAGCUGAUUGGCCAGUUCAGUAUGCUCCUCCCCCUUCUCGUCCUCUAUAUGGCUGCUCUGAGUCACAUGACAGGGGCAGCUCUCACCUCUAUGCAGCACAACAUCACAGACUGUCCAAUUAUUGUCUAUGGAAAAGAAUACAAAACAGUUUAUGUGAGCGAGUAUACUGGUUCAGUGUUCUUCUGUUUUGAUGGGUUCGCUGGAUCUUCUCAGGGGGACUGUCUGCUUACUCCGAGUUCAGGGGUGGGCUCAGUGUCUCUAUCUCUGUCCCAGGACCAAGUUAACGGCUCCUCUCCUCAGUACCCCUCUGCCCUUGGGGUCCAAGGAAAUGCCCCCUGCUCAGUCCAGUUUAACAUAGUGGAUGUAAACAACACAUCAAUGUUCAUUAUGUCUCUGUCUCUGUUUGGGGGGAUCUAUGGAGUUGCAGCAGUGACUGGACCUGCACCCAGAGACUUGUUAUUGGUGAUCAGUCCUGAGACCAGCACAGUGGACUCUACAAAUGUCACAUUAGCAAUUACCGAGUUAUCUCUUAGUGGAUGUAGAGACCAAGGUGUGGUCCUGCUCAGAGACUCUAAGGCCUGUCUGUCUGAUGGCUCUCUGGGAAUCUGCAGUGAUUCUAAUCUCCUGAGCUCAGAGCCGUGCAACCACUGCCACAACGCACAGUGUCUACUCAGUCAGUGGUGCUCAGUGACUGGCUUCAGCAUCAUUGACAUUUCGGGGGUCCUCACCUCAAUCCCGGACCGAUGUGGGUACUCCCUCCUUUCCAGAGGGGACGGGGGACUACAGCUGGAGGCAGUGUUUAGGGACCGCCGCAGGAGGGACGUAAGUCUGCUGGACCACCUCCUCCUCACUGUCGGCUCCACUCACAUCCACAUCGGACAGGGAGGAGUCAAGAUGAAUGGUUCUUUUGUGAACAUCAGCACAGCUCAGAUGCCUGAAGGACUUAACAUCUCCAGAACCUCAUCUGACGUUUCUGUAGUUUACAGACAAGAGUUUGAACUGCUCUUUGAUGGACUUUCCACUCUCAUCUUCCUCACAGGGUUAAACGUUUCCACAGCGACUGGUUUAUGUGUCAAUGCUACAAUGGAUCUGAACAGUGCAAAGUCAUCUAACCUCAGUAAAGAUGGAUGUGAGAAAGCCCACACAGAUGUUCAAGAUCCCACCAUCAACUGUGAAGCUGCAACUGAACACUGUAACCUCCUGAACAGCACUGCAUUUGCAAUGUGCCAUGCCCACAUUGACCCCACCCCCUUCAUCAACUCGUGCAAUCGGACCCUCUGCAUUUACCCCUCUGUCGAUGGGCUUCAGUGCAGCUUCCACCAAACCUACGAGACCCUUUGCUCACGCGCCAAUGUCACCCUGUCCAACUGGGAGACUGAGGCCCAGUGUGUUGAUAAAAGUGGCCUGUGCUUGGACACUUACUGCAGUGAAAAUGAGUUUUGUGGAGUUGACCUGAACGAAGAGAUGUGCCUCUGUCGCGCUGUGUUUGUUGAAAAAUACAAAUCCAACAAGACGCUUGGUGAGCCGACGGUGUGCGGGGAGAACUCGGCCUCGGUGUAUCUGAUUGGGUGUCUCCUGAACGAGAAGAGGGUCAAAUACUCAGAGCUCCACCUGAAUGACCCAAACUGCAAAGGCCAGCUGGAUCCACAAACUCACCUGAUCAAGUUUGGGUUUGACAACAUCAACUUCUGCAGCACAGAGGUCACGACCGAGAACAGUCAGAUGAUUUUUAAGAACACAAUCCGGAUGAAGAACCAGACGGGGAUGGUGACGCGCCAGGAUCAGUUCACUGUGGACUUCUCCUGUUACUACAUCCAACCUGAGAUCAAGACAGUGGCCCUCCGCAUCAGAGAUAGUUCGGUGGUGCAGACAAUCGUAUCAGGGGUCUGGUCCUACAACCUGACCAUGAAGGCUUAUCUGGACUGGUCUCGGACUCUGCCCAUUCUGCCUGAGACCAUCUUGCAUCUGGACCAGACUGUCUGGGUCCAGCUCAACACCUCGGGUUUGGACUACACCCUCGUCUCCGUGGUAACAGAGUCCUGCUGGGCCACCCGUAAUCCACAGCCCAACAGCACGCCCAGAUACGACCUAGUCAUACACGGUUGUGCAAACCCGAAGGACCACACGGUGAAGGUGGAGGGCAACGGUCGCAACACCUCAAACUUCUUCUCCUUUAACAUGUUCCAGUUUAAAGAGAGCUCUGACAUGUUCCUCCACUGCGAAGUCAAACUCUGCACCCACAAGAGCUCCUGUGUGCCGAACUGUGGAUCCAGACGCCGCAGGUCUGUUUAUGACGACCCAAAUCCUGCUGUCAUCACCAUGUCCUGGUCCAACUAA